GUAAAAAAGUAACAUUACAUGGAAAUUUUUUAAUCAGUCUCAUCAAAGCUACGUAGCUAAGCUAGAGCACAUUUUUAAAGGGAACGAUUGCGAUAAAUAUCAGUAUAAUUGUCAGCGAUAACACAUAGCAGUCCGUGCGCGUCCUAGACGUCAGUUAGGUCUAGAUGAUCGUCAAAGACGGACCUCUUUAUCUAAUCCGUACAAGUCUUUUUGCAUAUAAUUAUAAUAUUUUUCCAGUAUAUUUUACUUGACCAGUGUUAUCUCUAAACAUUGCAUGUAGACAUUUACUGGAAUUUCUUUCACGGAAAAAUGGAAAAAUUAGUUAUUCAAACCAAUCGAUUGUCAGGCAAAGACGAACAAAGUGUGCUAUUUACUAGCAAGGUUGUCAAUAAAUAUUGUUAAUUUUUAUUUUCAAUUUUAGUGAAAAUUUUAAGUGGUGAAUUCUCUAAAUACAAACUUUAACCAAUUGCCCAAUCGGUCUAAAAUUAUAAUUGCCCAUGAUUCAAGCAGAAAAUCGCGGCCAUGCCUGAAAUAAAUUUACACGAAGAAGAGUACACUUUGACCUUGAUUAAAUGCAUUAGUACACUAUACGUACAGGGAAGAAAAGAAAUCUGAUAUAAUUAUCAUGAAAAUAGUCAUUUUGGCAAAAUUAUCCUUUCUUUAGUUUUACCUCUACCUGGUGCUUUUAUUUUACUUCUCAAUAUUUUACGUUAUUAUCAAUGUAAUAAUAAUAAAUACAUUACGUGCAUUCUAUUUUCUACAGCUGUUCAAUCAGAUAAAUAUUACCACAUAUUUCCAGUGUUUACUAUCAAACCAGUACCUCUACUUUUCAUAAAUGUGAGGAAAAUCGGUCUUCAAAACCCUUAUUAUUUCCAAACGUUUAUGUCUCUUAAAUAACGUGCUAGUGGUCGCGAUUUAUUAUCACUUAUCAGAAGUGAUAUCUAUUAUUUUAACUUGUUUUAUACUGUAAAGAAGCACUUUGUUUUAUCAAGAACCAUUGAAAAUCAUGAACUUACUUUUUAUUAUUUUUAUGCAUGAAAAAUUCAUCAAAAUAAUAAGUGACAAUUUGGAUAUUAUUAGUGUGAGUUAAUAAUUUGAUAAAAUUAAUCGAAAAAUAAACUAUUUUUUCUUAGAAGAGACAUAAUACACUUUGACAUUUUUAUAAACACCACGUCAUAAACAUAACACCCCUCUUUUGGCUGGAUAUUAAGAAUGAUGACGAUAAAAAUCUUGGACAUUUGUAUCGGUUUGCUAGAGAAGUAGAAUAAAGCUAGCUGUUAGCAUGACGCCACAGGUGAAGAAGAAGGUCGAAGACAGUCUGUUAAUAGCAGACAGUAAUGAAGUUGAAAAUCAACGUUGUAAUGGAAACAACUUAAGUUACAUUAACGAAGAAAAGUGUGAAAGUGGUGAUGUGAAUAGUGUAAAUAUAAAUAAAUUUUUUGUUAAGUAUCAAGGUGACACUUAUGAGAUAAGUGAUUUUCUUAAAAAUCAUCCUGGCGGAAGUCAAUCACUCAAAGCUUACAAAGGAUUGGCACUAGAUAAAAUUUUUACUGAUGUCGAACAUUCAAAAGCUGCAUUUCAUUUAUUUAAAGAAUUUAAAUUAAAUAAUGAUAGAGCUUAUGAAGAUAUUGAGAAUUUAAUUGACUGGAAGCUACCAUUAUUGGGUCAAGUUGGUUCAUUGGGUGAUAGAUACUGGGAGUGGGUCAAUUUACCUGUAAAUCGUUCAAUACGACUUUUUAAAUCUGAUUAUUUGGAAAUUCUUACUAUUACACCUUGGUAUUUAGUUCCAGUUGUUUGGAUACCAAUUUGUGUUUAUUUUCUAUACCAAGGAGUUAUGAGAAAUGCUUCCAGGCUUACAGUGUUUCCUGUUCAUUAUCAAGUUUUAGCUUUUUUGUGGGGUUUACUUUUAUGGACUUUCCUUGAAUAUGUUCUACAUCGAAAGCUUUUUCAUUUAAAGCCACCAACCAACUCGCCAACACUUAUUUCUCUACAUUUCCUCAUUCAUGGACUACACCAUAAAGCGCCUUUUGAUAAUCAACGACUAGUAUUUCCGCCACUAGCUGGUAUAUUUAUAGCAUUUAUUCUUUAUAAUUUAUAUAAAAUAGUUUUUUCUUCCAUGAUUGACAUCGUUGCUGCUGGAACCAUGACGGGAUAUUUAUGUUAUGAUCUAAUUCAUUACUAUUUACAUUAUGGAUCACCGAAAGUUCAUACUUAUUUAUACGAAAUGAAAAGGUACCAUAAUUAUCAUCACUUCACUCAUCAUGAUGAAGGCUUUGGUAUAAGCAGCAAAUUGUGGGAUUACAUUUUUGGAUCGUUGAUAAUAUUAAGGCAAUUAAAAAAGGCCAUCAUUUGGUAAUAGUUACAAGUGAUCAAUUUGCUAAUUUUUUAAUUAAUGAUUAUGUGAUAAAUUACUAUUUUUACUGUAUGACACGUAUUUUAAAUUUUUCUUAUUCACGUGUACUAAAUAAUUAAUAUAAUGUGAGUUUUUUAUGAUAACUGUUUUUAACUGCAA